ACUCUCUUCAUGUGAAUGGUAAUUUCUUACCAUAUUCUUACUCGGAGGCGGAGCGUCGAUCAAACUGGCAAGAAAAGUCCGAGAACUCCGAAGUUUCUUUAUCCAACAACCACGAAGCACAGCAGUACAGACAACCAUGCGCUGUAGUAAUUUAUUUUUAUUACUUUUCUUAUACACUUCAGUUUGGGAGAUUUGUCGAGCUGCGCAUGCGCGUCUCCCCCAUGUGCGGCACUACGAGGUGGUUCGACUGAAGCCUGGGCGAGUAAAGAGGAGCGCCGCUCAUCAGGAGAAAUAUCCCACGGUAGUUGAAUAUGCCUUGGAUAUUGAUGGCAAAAACUUCAAAAUAUCGCUGGAAAAGAACAGGGAGCUGUUAGGGAAGAAUUACUCUCUUACAUAUUACACAGAAGAUGGGAGGAAAGAGACUACAUAUCCAUCUAAUGUGGAUCACUGCUACUACCAGGGACAUAUUCGAAAUAUAAAUGACUCCUCCGUCAGUGUUGGCAUGUGUUUAGGAAUGCGGGUUUUGAGAGCAGAACAACAAAUUUAUCUGAUUGAGCCACUGGAGGAUUCUCUUGAAGGGGAUCAUGCAGUUUACAAACAAGAGCACUUGAGGACUAAGAGGGCAACUUAUGGAUAUAUCAACGAUACUGUCUAUGAUUACGGAGUUUCACCGAGACUUGCUGGGCUGCAUAAAAGCAGAAACAUGAAAAUCACAGUGCCCCAAGGAGGACGAUAUAUUGAGAUGGUUAUAGUGGUUGAUCAUAAAGAGUUCACAAAUUAUGGAAGCUUGAGGAAAAUAGAGACACGAAUGCUGGAAGUUGCUAAUCAUGUGAACAAGCUCUAUCGUCCUCUAAACAUCCAUGUAAUGUUGGUGGGAUUAGAGGUCUGGAAUAAUCGAGACCAGUUUGACGUUAGCAGAGUGUCUGAUCAAACUCUGGACCGUUUUUUAAAUUGGCGUCAGACAGAGCUCCUACCAAGGAAGAAGCAUGACAAUGCACAGUUUGUUACUGGGGUGAAUUUUGAAGGAUCAACUGUUGGCUUGGCUCCUCUGAACUCUAUGUGCUUUCCUUUAUCUGGUGCUGUGAAUGAGGACCACAGUAACAGUCCUCUUGGGAUCGCCUCCACUAUUGCACACGAAAUGGGCCAUAACUUAGGCAUGUCACAUGAUGCAUCACAUUGUAUCUGCCCAAAAACACAAGCUGGCCAGAACUGUGUCAUGGGAGACAGUAUUGGACACGUGUUUCCCGAACACUUCAGCAGUUGUAGCAAAAUGGCUUUGGAGACAUUUUUACAGAACUAUGAUGUUCGCUGCCUACUAAACGCUCCAAAUGAGGAUGAUCUGGUGGGAGGUCCAGUCUGUGGUAAUGCCAUUGUGGAAAAAGGUGAAGAAUGUGACUGUGGAACUUUACAGGAAUGUGAGAACCCUUGUUGUAAUGCCACUACCUGCCAACUGACAGAAGGCUCUCAGUGUGCACAUGGGGAGUGCUGUCACCAGUGCAAGCUAAAGCAAGCAGGAAGUCUGUGUAGACCCGUGGCUCAUGACUGUGAUCUGGAGGAAUAUUGCACAGGAAAAUUAGCGCAGUGUCCUAAAGAUGACUACAAGAUGAAUGGGUCUCCAUGUAACUCCAACCAAGGCUAUUGCUAUAAUGGCCAGUGUCCAUCACACCAGGAGCACUGCAAAAUUCUGUGGGGACCAGAUGCUGAUGUUGCUGAUGAUGUAUGCUUUAAUAACAACUGUCCAUUUUCCAGAUUCAGAUGUCAAGAUCAAAACAAGAAAUGUGGGAAAUUAUACUGUUUUGGUGGAAAUAAUUAUCCAAUAACCAAAAAAAAAAAUGAAAUAAGUAUGGGUCAGAGUACAUGCAAAAUGGCUGUGGAUGCCUCUCUCACAGAAGACAUAGGAAUGGUGCCAACAGGUACCAAAUGUGGGACAAACAAGGUGUGUUUCAAAAGCCUUUGCGAGGACAUCAGUAUCUAUGGAACUGCUAACUGCUCUGCAAAAUGCAAUAAUCACGGAGUGUGUAAUCAUGAGAGGCAGUGCCAUUGUGAUCCAGGCUGGGCCCCGCCCUACUGUGACAUAAAGCUGUAUGAAGUUACACGCUGGCAAGAUGGGGUCAUUGGUGUGGUCAUUGUCGUAGGCAUCCUGCUGCUGAUUAUUGUAAUAAUUGUAGGCUUGGUCUACUAUAAAAAACAAAAUAAAUCCACCAAGAAACGCUCCUUUAGAGACUUGAACCUCUACCCAGGUCAAUGCAACCCAGCAUUUCAGUCAGCCAGUGUAAAGAACAGCCCAAUAUGCGGACCCCCUCGUAUCAGCAAGCCCACUUUUCUCGAAUCAUCUGCAUCACAGGCCCUAUUUACUCCUUGCAGAGCUCCACCACAGCCUCCAGUGGUAGCAGCAGAAGAAUCCAGGAUGGGCCAGGUUUUGAGGACUUCAAAGCCACAUCCUGUUCCCAACAUUUGUAGUUUAAGUCAGCAAAAGCCUCUGCUUCCCAGGUCUAUACCACUAGCUCCAUCAAAACCUUUACCUCCACUGAUUACCAAGCCUGUGAAUAAACCAAAACCACCUCCAGUGCCUCCUGUGAAACCAUCCGACAACCCCAAAUGGAAUACCCCUCAGGCAGCUGCAGUACCAAGGGUUCCUCUCAAACCACCAAAGUUCAGAUGAUGGGAAGCAGCAUGACUUUCUCUGAAUCACAGAGAGCUUCAGGAGAAACCUAAUGAGCAAUCUUAAUGCCUCUAGAAGAGACACAGCUGUGAAGAUUAUUCAGACUUUUGUGUGCACAAUUGUCAGGAAAUGGGAAGGGAAACAGUAUGGGCUUCAAAAUGAUGGGAAAUGAUCCCACAAAGCACUGAGACCUUAGGGAUGUACUCCUUUUUUUCCUGAUGUAGUACUUGAUAUAGCUGCUUGAAAAAUCUUCUGUUAUGGUACAUUUUAGGUGUGCUUGUUUUCUUUUUCAUUCUUUUUAAUUAUUAGUAGAAUAUUUCGUUUUGUGCAACUUUCAUACUGUAAUUUAAAACCAUUUGUCAUGUUGGUAGCAUAUGCAAUAAUAGUUUUUUACAAUUAACUUUACAACUGUCUUAUUGUUUACGACUGGCAUCAUGUUUUUGCUCUUUUAUUUGUUUUUAUUUGUUUUGUUUUUUUAAUCCCUAGUUGUACUUGUAAUACCCCUAUUUUGGCUCAUGGUUAAAAAUUCUCAGCUGGUCUGAGGGCCUGAAGACUUUUAGCUUCUAGAGCUUACAUUUCUGUUAGUAUUUAAUUAAUUAAACAUUAUUGGUGCUUUUAAAUAAAUUAUGAGUGUUUUCA